AUGGACAAAGCAAGGUCACGUGUGGCUAAUAAGGUUGGCGCGGAGUUUGAAGUGCGACCAAGCACGGUCGCCAAACAAAGCGUCGUUUUCCAUAAAGUCUUCGACCUCAACAGACCAGCCGCCAACCACCCACUUCGUCACCACACUUGCUCAACUAGCUCCCCAAAAACUUUUAUCGAAUCAAUCAUGCCUCCAAAGCCCGCUUCCAGUGUUGCCUCCAAGGCUCCCGCCUCCGCCGUCGGUGGAAAGGCCCCCGCUAAAUCGACUGAGGGUGCUAAGGCUGCCAAAAAGACCGCCAAGAAGGCAGCCCCCGCUGGUGACAGCGACAAGAAGAAGCGCAAGCGCUCUCGUAAGGAGACCUACUCCUCCUACAUCUACAAGGUCUUGAAGCAAGUCCACCCCGACACUGGUAUCUCCAACAAGGCCAUGGCCAUCCUUAACUCGUUCGUCAACGACAUCUUCGAGCGCAUUGCCAGCGAGGCCUCGCGACUUGCUUCCUACUCCAAGAAGUCUACCAUCUCUUCCCGUGAGAUCCAAACUUCCGUCCGACUCAUCCUCCCCGGUGAACUUUCCAAGCACGCCAUCUCGGAGGGAACCAAGUCGGUCACCAAGUUCUCGUCGGCAGCCAAGUAA